CAUCUCAGACUUUCUCCACAACAUCGACCAUGGAUGAAGAAUACGACGUCAUCGUCUUGGGCACUGGGCUGACAGAAUGUAUCCUGUCUGGCCUGUUGUCGGUCGAAGGAAAGAAGGUCCUCCACAUGGACCGCAAUGACUACUACGGUGGUGACAGCGCCAGCUUGAACCUCACUCAGCUUUAUCGCAAGUUCCGCCCUGAUCAGGCUCCACCCACCGAGCUCGGUCGCGAUCGUGACUAUGCCAUCGACCUCGUCCCCAAGUUCAUCAUCGCUUCAGGAGAACUCACAAAGAUCUUGGUCCACACCGAGGUCACUCGCUACCUCGAGUUCAAGCAGAUUGCGGGAAGCUUUGUGUAUCGCGAUGGCAAGAUCUCCAAGGUACCCAGCACGGAGAUGGAGGCCGUUAAGAGCCCUCUCAUGGGCCUCUUCGAGAAGCGACGUGCUAAGAAGUUCUUCGAGUUCUUGCAGAACUGGAAGGACGAUGACCCUACCACCCACCAGGGUAUUGAUCUCGAUAAAGAUAGCAUGAAGACCGUCUAUGAGAAAUUCGGCUUGGAGCCUGGUACGCAAGACUUCAUUGGUCAUGCUAUGGCACUCUACCUUGAUGACGAUUAUAUCACCAAACCCGCCCGACCCACCUACGAUCGCAUCGUCCUCUACACUUCAUCCAUGGCGCGAUACGGCAAAUCCCCCUACAUCUAUCCUCUCUAUGGCCUCGGCGAACUUCCUCAAUCCUUUGCUCGUCUGAGUGCCAUCUACGGGGGUACCUACAUGUUGGACAAGCCCAUCGACGAAAUCGUCACUGACAGCGACGGCAAGUUCGUGGGUGUCAGGAGCGGCGAUGAAGUUGCCAAGGCCAAGCAAGUCAUUGGUGACCCAAGCUACUUUGGUGCUGGAAAGGAGUCCUCGGAUGGUAAAGUCAGGGUUAUUGAAGAGGGCAAGGUCGUCCGGGCUAUUUGCAUCCUCAAGCACCCUAUUCCCGGAACCGAAGACUCGGAUAGUUGCCAGAUUAUCAUCCCUCAGAAUCAAGUCGGGCGACGCAAUGACAUCUACAUUGCCAUGGUUUCCUCGACUCACAAUGUCUGCGCCAAAGACGUUUACGUCGCUAUCGUCAGUACCAUCGUCGAGACCAGCACUCCUGAAUUGGAAAUCCAACCCGGUCUUAACCUCCUCGGCCCCAUUUACGACAAGUUCGUCUCCAUCAGCUCUAUCUACACCCCCACCAGCUCCGGCCAAGCCGACAACAUUUUCAUCACUCGUUCUUACGACGCAACGUCUCACUUCGAGACUGUCGUUGACGAUGUCCACGAUGUGUUCAAGCGCGUCACUGGCAAAGAUUUGGUGCUGAAGAAGCGGGAGGUCGAGGUUCAGGAGUAAAUGGAAACGCUGCAUGCUGAUUUUGCUUAAUAUCAUGAAACUAUCACAAUUCUCACUUUUAUCGGUUCA